UGAAUGUCUGUGCACGACCCGUGGACGAUGUCACACCCAGGGACUCACCCAACCCGCCCCUCCCGCUUCGACCUCCCCUCCCCAUCCACGCAUCCAUCCACAAUCAACGACUCAGGUCUCGCAGAGUGGACAACACGCAUAAGGGCCAUGCAGGCCCAGGUCGACGCCGAUGACGAAGCAGAGCAGCGUCGUCUCGAGGACGAGAUCGCCCGCGCCAGACUCGCACGCAUGCGCAGGAGCCGCACAGGCCAGAGCGGCGACUUUGGGGUCGGCGUGCACGAUAGCAAUCUCGAUGACCCGGACCACGACCACGCAUCCAAGGCCGCAACCCCCGAGGCCAGUCCACGACUAACCGACAGUCCCAAACCCCCACCCAUCAUCAGCAAUGGGAGGGUAACCACUCCUGAUCCCAUCGCCAGACCUGCUUCCCGGUCCAGACCCACUCCACCCUCUCCAUCUGCACCCAGGCCAUCGUGGAGGCCUCCCAGUCGGACUGCUUCAACGUCGCCAUCAUCUAGCAAACCUCCAUUAUCUCUUGCAGCAUUCGUGGGAGGCAACGCCACCGGACCACGUCUCAAUAAGCAUGCUCCACAAGCUGAUCCAAGCGCGAUGCACGAUGGGCGCAGCUCAGAAGAUGCCAUCCAUCCCGUCUUCGGCAAAGGAGGCAUUGCCAUGCCUGGAAUGAAUGGCCGUGGUGUUCCCGCAUCCACAGAUACUGAUUCACCAACCGAGACACCUUCCUCUCGGGGCGGAACACCUGUGAUUCGUGCAGCCAAUUCAAGAGUCGAAGCACUAGCAAGUAAGACACCAACGAGACAACGCACACAGAGUACAUCGUCGGUCGCGCAACGCUAUGUUGAGCGCCUCGAAGGACAGGCGCAGUCUCACAAACCUGGCUCACCUCUUGGCUCAAAGCGCGAGCGCAGGAUCAGCACUCCCGCUGGAAGCCUUGCAUCUCCUUCACUCUCACAAUCGUCAGCAUCGUUCCCUUCGCCAGCCAAAGCAUCGCGACCCGCAUCUAUGCUCCCGCCUGCUUCCUCACCGGCACCAGGUACCCCACCUCCCCGUCCAUGGUCACGCCAGAAGCAUGCAGCUUCUUCUGUCUCCGGACCUACUAGGACCAAGCCCUCGCUCACUUCUGCUCCGACUCCCCCACCCAAGUCUCCUGAACAUACCGCUCCUGCGUCCAUAUCUCCGACAUCUAGCCUCGGGCAGAGCACAUCUUCGCCCACCAAUGCCAACGCCAACUCAAGCUCAUCUAAGCCGUUCUCUCCACAACCGCAGCGCGGCCUCUCCCCCGCCUUUUUGAAGCCGCCUGCUGCUUCAUCCGAGAAGAACCCUACCCCUUCAUUAAGUAGGUUGCAGGGGCGCGGUUUCGUCGCAAGCAUCGUCCAGCAAAGCGGCAAACUCGAGGCCGUUUCACAGAAGCAGCCUGCUGGCAUCCAAGCUUUCUUUCAAGGCCAAGGACAGGGCAUGCCAGGACGUCAGAAGACAAAGAGUCCGGCACCCGCCAAGACAGCCGCGUUCACUCCUGCCUCGCCGGGCAAGGAAAAGCCUUCGAAACGCAACGCUGUCCUCGAUCGUUGGCAGCCUCACAGUGUAACAGAAAAGAAAGUCGCCCCACCAGCUGCGCCACCUAAACCAAUUGCGCUCAUCAGCCGCUCGCGCAGCAACACGGCCGAUGACAGCCAGCACCAGAACGGCGUUAAACUAGAAGCGGCAUCGCCGAAACCUAUGGGUAGGAGUCGGGCAUCCACGACUAACGACAGUUCAACCCCGUCAUCGCCAAAGCAGCAGCAGCAGGUGCAGAAACAGGCACAAUGGCAAGGGCAACCCCAGAAGGUCAAGAAGCACGACACUGGCCGAUCCGCGAGGAGCACAACGUCGCAGUUAAAGGACGAUGAUGAUGGCGAAAUUGGUUCGGCCCAAACACUGAUUUCGUACAUUAAGCCUGUAAAGACUGGUGACGAGUCUGCCUCCGUCGUCUCCGUCGAAGCUCCGACACCUCCUGUAGAAGCUGAAGCUGAAGCUGCACCGCACGUGGAUGAGAUGGGUGUACGGAACGCGAACGCGCCUGUGCAAACGCCGAGGGCCAUCGCAGGGAGGAAGACUCCCGAGAAACAGCCGCUCAGUCAUCCCACACGCGAACGCGCUCGCAAGCCUCCACGGAAAGGCAAAUCAGAAAUAUCCGCAGUACUGCCCAUCGAAUCAAACGGCCCCGAUGCAGACAACCAAGGAUCACGAUCGGGAUCGACGUUGGCAACAGAAACGGCAGAGGCAGCAGAAGCAACUCCCGAGCCCACAUCAGACAAGUCGGACAGGGCGGCUGCCCUCGACGAUCAACAAACACAGACGUCGCCUGCACCCCAGGCCAAGGAGCUCGAUGAGCUGAAGGAGGUCGCGAAAAGACCCGACGAUGCCAGCAAUGCAAGAGAUGCGAAGUCGAAGCGCCGAGCGGGGCAGGCGUCCAUCGGCCUAGGCGCGCGCCCGCGUCCGACCGCGACUCCAGAUCGGCAGGCGCUCCCUGAGUUGGCGAUUCCUCCUCCCGCUGCGCCUCCAGCGCCGGCGCAAGGGGCGGUCCCGUUCCCGUCUGCACCAGAGAGGCCCUCGACACCAAAGAGCGAGAAAUCAUCCCGCGAGACCAUUCCCCCGUCCCCUUCGCGUGCCCGGCAUUCGAGAAUACCAAGUACUGGAAGUCGUGCGCUUGUCAUGGACAUCGCUAAAGCGUUUAAUGAGGUAGCUGAGAAGGAGGAGGCCGAAGCUUCGGGUAGAAGUACGCCCGUAUCAGCACUCAGCUCUGCAUCGGUGUCUGCAGCAAGCUCACUUUCCGCUGCGUCAGCUGGAUCGGCGCAGGCUCUAGCGCCUCCUUCACCCGUGUUGACAGCACCACGGACCCCGCCUUCCCCUUCAGCUUUGCUGACGGCACCUUACGCAUAUGCGCCGCGGUCAACUUCUCCUCUGGCGUUAUCUCAGCCAAGUUCUCCAGUUGUACCUCGCUCGCCACUGCUCACUCCGCCGGAGACGCUUGCCUCUGCCUCGUCCAUCUCUGGGCACACCGCCUCGACACUCACUGUUACUCCGUCUGGCCUGCCCACUCCGACAUCGAGCAUCCUCACGUCGAAUAUCGUACCUGCAGGCACGACUGGCGCCGUCCCGCGACCGCGCGCGUCGAGACCAAUGUCGCCACAGCAAGUGGAGCGACGGAGGUCUAGCUAUGAUCGGUACUCGGCAAUUAUGAUGCCGCCCUUGCCUGAAAGCGAUAGUGAGACGGAUGGGUACUCGCCGCCGGGGACGAUGGCUAUGUCGAGCGUGGAACUGGAUGCAGAGCGAUUUUUGUCUGGUAGCAGAGGUGCGCCCGAGGAGGCGGGUGACGACGGUGCUGAGGGCGUUGAGAAAGAGGAUGCGGAUGCUACGCUGAAGCAGGCGGUGGAUGAGAUUGUCCAGCUCGACAUUAUGCCGAUAGAUGUGGAUGCUAUCCCAACUCCAGACGUCUCUCCUCUGACUGAAUACAUGCCUUACACUCCCGAUACGGACUUGACCACGGUUUCGGUCGAGGUUCUUUCGAUCGGCGACGGUUCCUCCGCGCCUGCUAGUAUUCCUUUGCCUGAUACUCCUCCAUCCUCUCCAACGGGCGUGCGCAUGAAGCAGACAAGGAGCGCUACGGUCUUUUAUGACACCGAGUUGCUGGCGGUUGUGCAUAGAGCGCGCUCUGCCUCUGCGGGUCUUGUGCGCACUGCCGUGUACGCCUGGGUCGGCCACCGCGCACCAGGUGGACCCCGUGCCGGCAAGCGGCUGAACGAGAUGGCUCGGCGUUACGGCACUGCUCUGCAAGUCAUGCGCCAGGGUGCAGAGACCUCCGAGUUCUUGGGCGUUCUGGGUGGAAGCAUUGCAGUGCGCCAGGGGACACGGGCGCAUUGGUCUGCGGAGGAUACGGCGAUGCAUGUCGUGAGGCAGACAAAGGACGGCUCUGUGGUGAUUGACGAGGUUGAGCUUGGUGUGCGAUCGCUCUGCUCUGCGUACACCUCCGUUCUGCGCGUGCUCGACUCGGUCUUUGUCUGGGCGGGUCGGGGCUCGCCUGCGCUUGAACGAACUGCCGGUCUCGCGUACGCGCAGUCGCUGGCGAGCUCAGACAUCCCAGGACUCGGCGCAAACGUGAUUGAGAUUGAGGAAGGCGUUAACGACGAUCGCGAAGGCGGCGAGGCGGAGUUGUUCUGGAUGGUGCUCGGCCUUGGCGAACACGCGAACGCGGCGCACUGGAGGUGGCGCGGCGAGCUCUCUGCGGGCCACGUCGAGGUCGAAGCGCGCGCGUGGGUUGUCCCGAAAGAUGUUUAUGCGAACAUGGAGGAAGUGUCUCUUGUCGAGUUUGUCCGUGGGCCUGCUGGUCGCGUGCUGCAGCGGAAGGCAACAGGCGGGCACUCGAGGAAUGGGUCGUCCGUUGGUGUUUCUUCUGUCAGCACCAACGGUCGGACAAAUGGCCACGCGCACGAUGGAGACGUGGAUGGAGACGUGGAGGCGGGGUUGGCUACUGUGGUGUUGGUGCUCGAUUGCAUAUGGGAGGUAUUCGUCGUCGUCGGCCGAGAUGCUCGGGGCGAGAGGGAGAGGAUCAGUCGAGCGGUAAAGGCCGCAGAGGCGCUCUCUGCGCGCGUCGAACACGCUCGCCCGUUCCUGCCGCCGGUCCAUGUGCUAGUGGCACCGACGCUAUUCCCCCGUGAUCUGCUCGCUGCUUUCAUGGCGCGUGGACUGGUCGAGGACCAAGUGAACGGUGGCGAAACUCCCGAACAUAUGAACAUUCUGACCCUAUCAGAGGCAAAAGCUCAGCUCAACCAGACGGCGUGGCCGCGGUCAGCUCUUGGAGAAGAAACCCUUCUAUCUCUCGGGAUUGCUCCUGGUGAUGUUAUUGACGUGUAAGUGAGGUGUGUGUGGAGGACAAUUUCAAGCAAUCAUAUCGGACUCUGCAUUUGCAUCGCUGCUGUAUCUUUAGGGCCGCUUGGGACACUUGCUCAGUCCCAGCGCGCGUUGUGUAGUAUACCCUGGUCUCCCGUACUUACUUCGUUGACGACCUUUACGACCUUUUACGCCUCAUCACCCCAUCCCAUUGUUCAUUUGCUCAGUAGCUUUAAUACCCUUCGAAUCUGAUGUGUGUCGAGAUAUUCUAUCUUUGUCUAGC